ACAUAACAUUGAAUUUCUUUUUAAUUUCAUAUUCUCCCUUCUUUUUUCUUCAUUUUGCUGUUUGAUCCCUUCCAAGUUCCGGUCUUUCGUACAACCCUCCUUCGAAAAUCCAGCCACCCCCUCGCUGAGUGCUGCCGCCCUCCCUCGAUCCUAGCCUCCGCCGCCAGCGGCUGCCACCAUGGAGGCAAUGAUAAAGAAAUAUCAGCAGAAAUUCAGAAAAGCUAAAGAUGAUUUGAGUAAAUGGGAUGAGCUUCAAUCUCGAUUGAUUUCUCAGUUUAGAAAUGCUUCUUCCAUCAUUGACAGAUUACAGGUUAUUCAAAAUUCAAAAAACUAUGCAAGUUUAAAUUCUGUUCAAGGGAUUGAAGUUGCAGUGUUGCAAAAGCAGAUGGAUUCUUUGCAAACUAUUCUACUCUUAAUGAAGAAUACCAUGGAAGAAUUUCGUGCUGUUGUUCUUUCCCUCGACAAGCUUCAACGUGACGGUAAACAGCUUGCACAAGGUGGUUCUAAUCAGAUGAACAGGAAACUGUUGCAGCAGAGAAUUGGAGUAAAACCGUCUCUUACAAAUUGCAUGGAUGGGCUUAUGCUUCUCCAUGAAAUGCACCUUGCUGAGUACCUGUUUAAAUCAUCACUGGUUUCCGCACUUUCAGUACUUGCCUUGAGACCAAAUUCCAGUGAUCUACAUGCACUUCAGCAACUUUUGGUUGAUCAACCCAAUAUAGUAAAAGAGGAAGUACAAUACAUCCUUGACAUCAUAUUUGCAGAAGAGAUAUGUUGAUUUAAAUUAUAUCUGUUGUAGACAACCUUGGAUUCCCUGAUUUUGUUGAAGUGCUGGGAAGACUGAAACCUCUUGGUUUUGUCAACAUGCUUGUUUCUUGCUGCUGAAAGUAUUAGACUGCAUCAACACCCCUACAUUCCAUUCAUUUUCAAGUGUGGUAUGCUAAUUGGAAGUUUCCCUUAGGUGAAGGCAUUAAUUUUAUCCUAGUCAUUUGAUAAUGAAUAAUCCUGACUAGAUUUUUUGCACUCUAAAAUGUUUAAUGCAUUAGUUCAAGCAAUGCCUUCACUUCUGAUUGUAUAUAAGCUUGCAAAAUGAUAGCUUUUGGAAUGAAAUUGCUUCCAAAUGUCAUCAUUUUCUGAUGGAGCAGUGUAUUUAUGUUCGAUCCUUGAGUUUUGCUUAUAAUUUGUCAAUCACAGUUGUACAUUCAC